UUUCUGCUCCUACAAUCUCAGGCUUUCGAUGACGCUUUUGAACAUUGAUUCUUCCUUUUGUCUUGAGAUCUCCGGUAUACUCUUGUGUGCUUGGUUUACUACAAAUUCAGCCCUGCUACUUGUCAAAGUUUGAAUAUCGAGUUUUUUUUUUUUUUUUUACUUUACCAGUCGUGAAUUGUUUUGAAUAUCAUCAACUCAGCUAUUUGAUCGGACUGGGGCUUCAAUCUCCUAGAGAUUAGGGAUUUUGUUGGAUCUGAUUUUGAAAUGGAAACAGUGGUGUCAAUUUGCGUGAAUGUAGUAGGUAUUUUGACGCUUUGGUUAGUGUUUUCUGUCCAAAAGGUACAUAGAGUUUAUUCAGGCGCGGUUUUACCCCUUGAUGUGAACUUUCAUGAGAAUAUGCUAAAUUUUCACUGUACAAAGCGGUCUUGUCCCUUUUACGCUCUGUUUUUGCUCAUAAAUCUAGGCUUUUUUUGCAGAACCUAGUCGGUUGGCCUGUUGAACAAACUCUCUCUCUCUCUCUCUCUCUCUCUCUCUCUCUCUCUCGCACUCUCUGAGUAUAUACGUUCCUUGCCUGGUAAAUUUGCACAUUGCAGGACUUUACUGAGUUUAUUUUCCUACGUAAUCCCUAAAUUGGAGGCUUUUGCAAGAAGCGUGAAGCACUCUCGUUCAGUGGUGUUGAGAUGAAUGGGAUUCAGAACCGCAAAGCCGCAGAUACAAAGAAACCUUUUCCAGGAUGCUUAGGAAGAAUGGUGAACCUCUUUGAUUUGAGCACUGGUGCACCAGGAAACAGGCUUCUUACUGAGAAACCACAUCGUGAUGGUUCUGCCCUCUCAAGGAGCCGUUCAGAUGGAGCAAGGACAAGUCCCAUUGGUGAUCCUAUAGAUGACAAAGCGAUAGUGCCUGAACUACGAAGAACUUCAAACAAAAAAUCAAAUGGAAUGCCUAUGAAGAUGCUAAUAGCCCAGGAGAUGUCUAGGGAAGUGGAGUUCAAGCAUAAUACUGCUAGUCCUAGUGUAGUUGCUAAGUUGAUGGGGCUUGAUGCUCUCCCACGGCAGCACUCUGAUUCAGCUGAACAAAGAAGCCAUUCACGAAGUCAUUCAGGCAUUCCUUUGGGUUCCUGGCAGCGAGAACAUGGGUUUGACAUGGAAAUGCAACAUGAGAUAAAUCAAUUUCCAGAGCAGAUUGAGUAUAAAGAUGUCCAUGAAGUAUGGCAACAGUCACAAAAAAGUAGUUAUGGAAGAGAUAAAUCGCCACUGAAAGGAAGACAUAUUGACAAUACACAUGAUAGAAAGAUGGCCCUUGUACGUCAGAAGUUCACAGAAGCAAAGCGCUUAGCCACAGAUGAAAAACUUCGCCAAUCUAAACAAUUUCAAGAUGCAUUGGAAGUGUUAAGUUCUAACAAAGAUUUAUUAGUGAAGUUUCUGCAAGAACCAAAUCCUCUAUUCUCUCAGCAUCUGUAUGAUUUGCUGUCCACUCCUGCAUCUCCUGAGACUAAGCGCAUCACUGUUCUUAGACCUUCAAAGAUGGUGGAUAAUAACAAAAUCUUUGGAAUGGAUAAGAAGAUUGAGAAACAGACACAGAGAACAUCCCACAUGGAUGAGGUGACAGGAUGGGAUAAAGGUAAUCUUGCAUUUUCUCCUCGAGGGGUUGAUGAUAAUCCUAUUCAGCCCACUCGAAUAGUUGUAUUAAAACCCAACUCUGGUAAACCUCAUGAUAUUAAGGCUGUUGUUUCUCCACAUUCCUCGCCACCAAGGGUUUUACAUGGUGAAGAAUUCUGUGGCGAGCCAGAAGAUGAUGAAGUUCAAGAAUCAAGAGAAGUGCCACAGGAGAUCACUUGGCAGAUACGUGAAAACCUCAGUGGGCAUCAAAGGGAUGAAACCUUGCUUUCUUCUGAGUUUUCUAAUGGCUAUAUUGGUGAUGAAAGUUCCUUCAAUAAAUCCGAAAAUGAAUAUGUACCAGGGAACCCCAGUGACUACUCGGAAGUCAUAUCGCCAACCUCUAGGCAUUCUUGGGAUUACGUUAAUAAGUUUGAUAGUCCUUACUCUUCUUCCUCCUUCAGCCAUGCGUCUUAUUCUCCAGAGUCAUCAGUAUGUAGAGAAGCAAAAAAACGACUCUCUGAAAGAUGGGCCAUGGUGGCAUCUAAUGGAAAUUCUCUAGAACCAAGACAUGUUCGGAGGAGCUCUAGUACUCUGGGUGAGAUGCUUGCCCUGUCUGAUACCAGGAAUUUUGCAAGAUCUGAGGGUGACGGCAUCAAUACAGAACAAGAACCACAGGGAUCAACUUCUUACUCAGCCGGUAAUUUGCAUAAGGAUGAUAGUGUGGAUAAUUCUCCUAGGAACCUUUCAAGGUCGAAGUCAAUUCCAGUCUCAUCUACUGGGUCCGGGGGCAGGUUGAAUAUUGAAGUUUCACAGACAGAAUUUGGUAAAAUAGAUAUUCCGAAGGAGGUAGCAAAGGUGCAGGCUGUGAAAUCAUUCAAAGGGAAGGUUUCAAGUUUAUUUUUCUCAAGGAAUAAAAAAUCAAGCAAGGAUAGAUCUAGUGCUUCUCAAUCCAAAUAUGAAUCGCAAAAUUCUUCUGGAACCCGCAUUUCUUCAUCUGAAAAAAGUAGCAACGGCACGUCCCAAUGUGCUGAGAAUAAUGGGAUUGAAGAGGGUUUGUUGCCAACAUUACAAGUAUCAUCAAGCAAGACGCCAUCACCAGAUUUAAUUGGCUUGGAAAGAAAGCAGGAGAUAAUCCCUGCCAAGCCUGGAUUGUCUGUAACAAAGCCUGUGGUGCGUGGCAACCCUAGUGAGAACCAGGACCAGCCAAGUCCAAUCUCAGUUCUGGAACCAUCAUUUGAAGAGGAUGAAAAUGUAACAGCAGAGUCCUGCCAUGUGAACCCAGACAAGCACGAACAAACAGGAGCAAAACUGCCUGCUCAUUCGCUUAAGCCCAACCUGAUUGACAAAUCACCACCCAUAGAGUCGAUUGCUCGUACUCUAUCAUGGGAUGACUCCUGUGCGGAGACAGCCACUUCAUAUCCUCUGAGACCUUCGGUGAUCUCUCCAGGAACCCGGGAAGAAGAAGGGGAAUGGCUCUUCUUAAUCCAAUCAUUAUUAUCAGCAGCUGGCCUUGAUGGCGAGGUGCAGGCCGACUCAUAUUUUGCGAAAUGGCAUUCGCCCGAAAGCCCACUGGACCCGUUAUUAAGAGACAAAUACGCUGAUCCAGAUAACGAGGAGUUAAUAAUACACGAGGCUAAGCGAAGGCAAAGAAGAUCGAGGAGGAGGCUGGUGUUUGAUUGUGUAAAUGCAGCUUUGAUAGAAAUCACAGGGUAUGGGUUGACGACGAUAGACACGGGCGGGGUCCACAAGAGGAGGCUAGCGGACGGUACUGCACAGCCCAUGUUGAUGGAUGAGUUGUGGGGGCGGAUGAAGGAAUGGUUUGCGUGGGAAGUGAAUUGUUUUCCUGGAGAUGGUGGGGGCUGUGGUGGGGACGGCAGCAACAGCCUGGUGGUGGAGAGGGUGGUGAGGAGGGAGGUUGUGGGGAAGGGCUGGGCGGAGCACAUGAGAAUGGAAAGGGUUCACAUAGGCAAAGAAAUACAAGGCAAAUUACUGGAUGAUCUUGUGCAGGAGGCGGUGGUCGAAUUGACAGGAAGGAAACAAAAUCAGGCGCAACCAAACCAUUGGAGCAAGAGAUUUUCAAGUUUCCGUAGGCCGCUGGAAGGUCGAAGGCUAACGUUCAAGGAAUUGUAACUUUCAGCAUUGGGAACAACGCACCUCUUCGCAGAAAGCUGCAUUUCUUUUUAAACAGGAGAUUGGGAGGGAGAAACUCUCUCAGGGAGGACUACUACUGUGUUGUAAGGAAUGGAGGAAUAUUAAUAGUCAGAUGUUGACAGG